GGCCUUCCGCGGAAGGGAAGAGUCCCGCAGUCAGAGGCGGCCGGCUGGGCGUGCGCUUGCUACCCGCAGCCGGGGCUGGGCCGGAGCCGGGCGAGGGCUGGGAGCCGGGCCGGGCCGGGGACAGCGGUGAGGGGCACGGCCGGAGCCGGGCAGCCAGGCCGCACAGGGCAGGGGACGGCGGGCGCGGGGUCUGCGGUCUUCUGAGCCCCGAUGUGAGGCGGCGGCGCCCCCGGCCCGAGCGCGCACCAUGGGGGCCCCGCUCGCGGUGGCGCUGGGCGCCCUCCACUACCUGGCACUUUUCCUGCAACUCGGCGGCGCCACGCGGCCCGCAGGCCACGCGCCCUGGGACAACCACGUCUCCGGCCACGCCUUGUUCACGGAGACACCCCACGACAUGACGGCGCGGACGGGCGAGGAUGUGGAGAUGGCCUGCUCCUUCCGAGGCAGUGGGUCCCCCUCCUACUCGCUAGAGAUCCAGUGGUGGUACGUGCGGAGCCGCAGGGACUGGACUGACAAGCAGGCGUGGGCCUCGGGCCAGCUAAAAGCAUCUCAGCAGGAAGACACAGGGAAGGACGCGACCAAAAUAAGUGUGGUCAAGGUGGUGGGCAGCAACAUCUCCCACAAGCUGCGCCUGUCCCGGGUGAAGCCCACGGACGAAGGCACCUACGAGUGCCGCGUCAUCGACUUCAGCGACGGCAAGGCUCGGCACCACAAGGUCAAGGCCUACCUGCGGGUGCAGCCGGGAGAGAACUCCGUCCUGCACCUGCCCGAAGCCCCUCCCGCCGCGCCCGCACCCCCACCCCCCAAGCCCGGCAAGGAGCUGAGGAAGCGCUCGGUGGACCAGGAGGCCUGCAGCCUCUAGACUGAUGUCCCCGCCCCACGCUGUACAGAGUGCAUGAGGAGCCGCUGGCCCGCCGGGGACCGGACUGCCUGCGUCCAGCCGCCUCCCCACCCCCGGGCUGCCCGUGGCCACCGCGUCGUCGGCCCUCUGCCCAGAACCCCUUGCUCAGCAUGUAAGCCCCACCCCUCCCCUUUCAGACCCCUGCGGUGACCUGGCUCGGAGAAAGUGGCCCUGGGCACCAACAGAACGACCGCCCUGAGCUCUGGGGCGACAAUCGUGCCCGGGCCCGGGCUGCCCUCCCCUCUCUGUCACCAGCUUCCGUGGAGUCCAGUGUUUUGCUUUGCUUGCUUGUCCCCACCCUGACCUGAGCCGGGGCCUCCCAGCCUUACCUCCCUCCUUUCCACCAGCCCCUGCUUGGACCUGGGGGUGUGGACAGUGGCCCCUCGCAGAAGGUAGACUUGAGUCUUCUGAGCGGAACUAGGGCCUCUCCUUUGGCGAAGUACUGGGGUGCAGAGCUCCCGGGAGGGCCUUUCUGAGCCGUGGCCAUCAGCAGGGUUGCCCACAGGAGCCCUGGGAGGAAAGGAUGCCCCCUUGCCUCCCGGUAGGUCCCUCUUGCUCAGCCUUUUUACACCUAAAAACAGCUCCCGUCUGACCAGCCAGGGAUGCGGGGGAUGGGGAAUCUCUGCCCUGGCACUCAGCAAGUCAGAGGGAGGGCCCUGCGCCUCUGACCCUCCGCCCCAUGCAGAGUUUUGCACCAGCAGGACCCCUUCAUGGGUCUUCUAGGCUCUCCCAGGAGCCCCCCUCUGCCAGCCCCCAGUGUCCCAGCCCUCUCUUGGGGCCCAUGCCAAGACCACCCAAGGGCCUGGGGCUGUUGGGAGCUAUGGGCCCCUACCAACUCCCUCACCAUUCCUGAUCAGGGGUACACCCACCCCCUGGUGAUUUGUAAAUAUUUCUAUUGCACCCAACACCCCCUGGAACUGGCUCCAACCUCUGGCCACCCCUCAAUAAUGGAGUAGGGGAGGUGGGAGAGGUUGAGGGCUUUGCCUUGGGGUGUGUGGGGUGCCCUAUAAACAUGAUCUAAUCCGUGACUACCAGCCAACCUGAAUAAAGUGGUUUAAAAAAGCCUCCAGGCAGUGUCUUUCU